UCACCCGUUUCCUUAGCGCACAUCUUCACUUAGUUCUAAACUGAGCGUCUGUCUCAAGGUUUACGCACACAUUGCGUAUUUGUAUUUUGUUAAUUAUGUGCACAGCAUCCAAGUGAAUGCAAACCAACAAAAAUAAGAAAAAGUGACGUUUUGCAGAAAUUGCUCAAAAAUGUGAAAUUAUGUAGGGUUGAAGAAAGGAGGGGUUGAAAACUAUGUUCCGAUCUGGGAAAAAUUCGACAAAACGGAGUGAGGAUGUUAAAAAAUCUGCGGGGAAAGUUCUCGACACAAAAAAGGAUGUAGCGACCAGAGCUAAGCAUCUGCGACUGUACCUGGACAACUCCGAGGUUGGUGAAAUCCAGCAGUUCUUCGAUGCUUACUACUCACAUAUAUACUUCAUCGUUUACGAACAUUUUAUAAAUACAGAACAAAGCCUCAGACAAAAAGGAGCUCAUAAGGCACAACGUGAAGAAUUUGAAGGUGUCUUGUAUCUUGUGGAGAAAAUUUUAAUUUACUUACCGGAAGCCUUGUCCCAAAAAUGGCAAUAUCACAGUAUUUUGCGACUGCUCUCGAAGCUGCUUCAUCCUGGGAACAGCUGGAAACUACUGAAAAGAGAAGCUAUGCGACUUUUUAUCCUUUGGUACAGCUCUUUGGGGGACCAGUCUCAGGAUGAGAUCCAUGCAAUCUUUGCUACCCUCGUCCCUGGCUUCAGUUCCCCCUACCCUAACCUAGGGAUUACAGCUCUAGCCACACAGUCUCAUGAACCAGGAGAUGGACCUGUUACCGCAGCUCCGAUUCUACCGAUUAUUCCACCGGCAUCGGCAGAAAGGUGGAAGAGUAAUGGAAACGAUAUAACGCGUGCGUUUAACGACGUACUUCUUGAACUCAUGGUGUCACAGGUGCUGCUUGUUGAAUGGAGAGAGGAUAAGGCGGCAAAACACAGAAAAGCGUUCAGUUUUCUUCUGCAAAAAUAUAAGACGUAUUAUAUUCCGGCCAUAUUUCCUAGUUUUAAAUGGGACAUGUCCCUGUACAAACCCUCACUCGAACUCCCUGAGGUGAGAAAAUUUCGUCCAACAUUUAUCGAUACAGGAGAUGGAACAAAAAAGAUGGAUCCAAUGUUAGCGUGCCGCGUGGUUGUGAUUAAAUGGAUAGCGCAGUACACACAUUUGACGCGGGGUGGACUCAAUUCUACAUUCGAAGAAAGUCACAAUAAUUCAGCGAUCUUGAAUAUUUCUGGUUCAUCACAGGCUUUAAAUGAGAGGUUUGGAGGUCUAGGGUUGGACGAUGGAGGGAAGUAUAAUGCAGAGGGUAUCCUCGUUAGAGAGGUCUUAUACAGCUCCAGGACUAACGUGAACUUUGUUCAUGAGAUUUACAGACAAGCAUUUCUUCUUUCAUUCUCCCAUUCUCCUGCGAUGAAAAAGGUUAUUACUGUGUACAAAGAUUGGAUUCAGAUGAACGUCCAGGAGGUUCCUCCGUUUGUACUGGAGCCGAAUUUUCUGGAAAGAAAUGAGGAUUCAUAUUAUACAGAUGAUGUAGAUUCAUCCCAGGUGCCUAGACAGGUCCCUUUAAUCUUAAUUAAUCUUUAGAUCACCCAGCUGACCCUGACAGAGACUCCACCGCGCCGGCGCGAGGACACACUGGGAGGUCGUCUUGCACAAGCUAUCUUUCAAACUCUUAUAGUCACCUGGAUAAAGGCCAACUUGUAUGUUGUUGUGUCUUGCGAGCUGUGGGAUCAGUUUCUUGAAGUUCUAUCAGGGUUAACACUCUGGGAGGAACUUAUCAGAGAGUGGUUCAAGACUAUGGAAACUUUAACGCGAGUCUUGGCACGCCAGGUUUACAACCUUGACCUCAACGAUCUACCGCUUGACCGACUGAGCGAGCAAAAAGCUAAGCGAAGGCGAGGGAAGGCGGGAAUUGUACUUCCCAAAAUAUCAAACACUGCAGAGGACUUAAAAAACAAUGAAGGACCAGCCAUGCACCCUGCAUUUCGAGGAACUGACACCGAGUCCCCUUACCCGCCCCGGCAUCGUAUAUCCAGCGAGAGUGAGGGGAUUGGAGCCCCAUAUACUGAAGACCACCUGGAGUUCUCGGAGAGGAUGUUGUUUACUAGAAAGAGGUGCAUGUCGGAGAGUUGGAUCAAUUUCCCUCGGAAUCAGGAUCAUGAUAUCAUGCUAGCCGCAGCCUGGCGACUCAAGCAGAGAAGAUCCAGAUCUGUUGAUUCUCUUCGGGAUCGAGAAAGCAGUAGAUCCCCUAGCCCCGAGCUAAGCAGCAGCAUGGAGUCCCACAGUAUCAAGGACAGCCCUAUCCAGCUUGACCAUGAUCAUGAGGGUGCUUUCUAUGACAUCGGAGAUGUUUCUCAUGGAAGCCAGGGCCCUAAGAGUGUGAUGGCUGGUGGAUCUGUGAAGGGCUGGUUACCUGAUGUGGCAGUAGUACUGUGGCGACGCAUGCUUGGCUCUUUGGGGGAUGUUAAUAGUAUUGCUGACACUGUGAUACAUGCACAGAUAUACAAGUACCUUAUUGACCUUCAUGAGAUAAUGAACAAAAUCCGAGCAAACCAGGGGGUCAGUGUGGAUAACCUCAAGACCCCUGAAUCACCCCAGUAUGUGCCUCCUUUCACAAUCUUUGCCCCUUGGUGUUUCAGGGCACUGUUACUCCCUGAUACUUACCAACGGGGGAGAAUGUAUGCCCUUCGUCUUCUUUGUCUUCUAACAGUCCGCCCUCAGGAUACUCCACUACCUCGCACCCACCUAAUCCAGUUUUACAAAGUACUUCACCAAGGACUGUGCAGCAAUGACCAGGAUACAGUUCACAAUCUGGUCAGAUUUACCGGGUCCAGAUUCUUUUCCCUGUCCUUACCUGGAUACUCGUCCUUCCUUUAUGACUACCUGACUGCAUCUAACAGUGUUAUUUCCUCCCAGGAGUUUAAGGGCCUUCCAAGAACAGAGGCAGUUUCAAUUGUAGGAAGCUUACUGUCCUAUCCUUCUGUAGUUUCCUCUUUACCACUUCUUCUUCCGUCCUCUGACCAGCUUUCUCUGGUGUCCAGCCAAGAUCUGCAAGAUCAGGUUAUCAGUGUACUCUUGAAAGCAGGGAAAAAGGAGCCAAAUGGACUGGCACGUUGUAUUGCUUUGUCCUCUCUUGGAACUUUUGUAUAUCGUGAACUUGUUCAUCAAACAUAUCAUUCUAAACUCAAAGAUGCAAUCAUAGUUCUGCUGGCCGCUCUUAAGUUCAACAAUAAGGCAGUGGCGCAAGUAGCAAGUGAUAUGCUAAUGCUGAUAUCUGAACAGGUUGACCGUGUUCUAGCCUACCAUCAAGAUCUUCCAAAACGGAUUGUUGAAGUUCUAUCACGCAGUUUGGCAUCCUUGCUCCCCAAACCUGAAGUUAGCAAUGAUAUAUCUAAGGAAGAUAGAAGGCUGUUACUCUCUUUGUUGAGCUGUCUGGGAGAAUGGUGUAUGAAGCUUCCUUUGGAAGUUCUCACUCAGAUUCAGGAGGAUGGCAAAUCCCUGCUUAAUCAUGUGUUUGAAGCAUUGCUCUCAGGUAUAAAGCCUGCUCACAGCAACUUAUCUUCUCCCCUUCUCACCUCCAACAGUCCUGUUGGGUAUGUAGAUGGUUUUGACCCAGACAUCCAUGUUGACAAUCUGAGAGGAGAAAAUUGGAAUGCAUCUCCAGCUAAACUGAAAUCUAGAUCUGCUUCUCGUGACCUGAUGGAUGAUGCAUCUUUACCUCUCCUGCAAGAUGAGGGUCCUGGAGCUGUGGUUCAGCUUGCGGCUAGAACUUUGCUAUCUCACCUGGUUAAUCACCUCAACCACUUCCCACAAGCAGUUGGGGCAUCAAGUCUUUCAAGUCAGGUCUCAGAGCAGGAUGAUGUUCCAACUUUAGUGAGUGAUGAGUUAAAUCUUGAAACUUUUCAAUCUCCCAACAUCCAGCUUUUUAUUCUUAACAACACAACUCUCCUGUCUUUAGUGGAGAUUCCCGGUUUAGAAGAGGAUGUUGAAAUGUCUGGAUUUAUCACAGCCCCAAGUCAGGUUAGAAUCAUCCUGCGGGACAUCUCUGGCAAAUUUGUCUGGGAUACCUCAGUGCUUUACACUCCUUCCUCUAUGCAAAACCAGUCCUUAGCUCCCUCCUGGAGUGGUGUAUCCACUCCUCAACAUGCUACUGUACUCUCCCCACCUAGACAUACUAAACGACACAGGGAUCCAGAGGAACUACCAACUCACGAGGUGUCAGCUCAAGAUCUUGAUCAACUUGACGAUCUUCUUCAAUACCUUGGACACACAUCCCCCGAACUAUUAUCAAUGCCCAACCUUCCUUUAAACUCUGUCCCUCCAUGGCACGGGGUUGAUAACACCCUAGAGGGUGACAUUAUCUCAUCUGUGAUAAGCCAAAGAAAUUUAGAAUUGGAUCAACUAUCACGGCUAAGCGGACCGCACUCCCUUUAUAACGCUGGAAAACCAGUUUUACCGCCAGAAACCCCGGUCUUACGCGAGGAAGAGUGUUUCCAACAAGCCAGGAUAUUGUUUCAACAGCUGGGUCUCUGCUCUUGGGAGAAGAGACCACAUGUACAUCUUGUAAAGAAGACUGAGCAACUAGUGAGAGAACUGAAAAAUUUAGAUAAUCAAAAAGGUCGUGAAACCCAUAAGAUCGCCGUGAUCUUCGUGGCUGAAGGUCAGGAGGAUAAGAUCAGUAUCCUCAGCAACACCGGGGGGUCCGAGGCCUUUGAGGAGUUCGUGGCAGGCCUAGGCUGGGAGGUCGAGCUAGAGACUCAUACUGGAUUCAUUGGAGGACUUACCAGAAAUAAAAGUACGGGGGAAACCGCUCCUUAUUAUGCUACCAGUUUUCUAGAGAUUAUGUUCCAUGUUUCAACGAGGAUGAACUCGUCCAGUGAGGAUUGUAUGCUGCAAAAAACUCGUCAUCUCGGAAAUGAUGAAAUUCACAUUGUUUGGUCAGAACACUGGAGGGAUUACAGGCGGGGUAUAAUACCAACAGAAUUCUGUGAUGUCCUGAUUGUUAUUUAUCCUCUGAAAAACAAACUUUAUCGAAUACAGGUAAUACGUAAGUCUGAAGUUCCAUUCUUUGGACCUUUGUACAAUGAGAUGAUUGUGGACCACGGGGUCCUUCCGGGACUUAUUCGGGCCACAGCUGUUAACGCGAGCAGAGCCAAGCGUGCCAUGAUGACAGCUUACAAAACCUACUUCGAAGACCGAGCCAAGGCCUUGGACUCGAUCAUCGACAAGUUCAAGCAGCCCACCACCUUCGAGGAGUUCGUGGCCAACGUAUUCAACCCUGCCCAGACGGGAACAAUAAUACAAGGGAAUAUGAGACCCGGAGGAAUGUCGUCUUCCACCAUCAGUUCAAAUACAAAUAGAAGUGAUCUUAGCGCUGUUCUUCUUGAUCCAAUGAGCACGCACACUGGUUGGAGUGAGGAGCAGCAGAGACCACGAGCGCACACUGAGCUUGGAGAGCGCACUAGAAGCACACUUGGCGAGGAUAGAAAGAUUCUCCAUGAAGAGCAUGUUCCACUACGAAAAAAGCUGAGUAGCGGGGUCCCCCCUGGCAGUCAUUCUAACCCUGGCGUUGGAUUCUCCCAGGUUCCCCUGUCUGAUGAAGAGGAUAUGUUCAACCCACCGUCGGGCUCAGCUAGAAAGUUCUCGACCAAGUCCCCCGUUCAAGCCAUGAGUGCUGUGCGGCGACCAAUGGCUGUUCGACAAAACUCCGGUGGGACCAGUGGAGCCCCCGUCACUAGAAAACGAUAAUUUCUUGUGUGUUUAACUGUUUACUGACGCGGCAUUUGUCUGAGUGAAAAUCCGCAAAACUUGUUAUAAAAACAAAUCCGGGAAAAUGAGUUGCAAGAAUCCGUGGGAAUUACAAGUCAAGUUUCUGCGUAAAUGCAUAAAUGCUUAAAUUAAAUCAUGUCAAUUAGGACUGGACCUUUAUUUUACAUUCCAAAUUUGCUCAUUUCAAGAAAUUUCUAUUUACAAUUUUACCAGAAAUAUGCAGCUAUGUUUAAAUAUAUAUUUAGCUAUAUGAACACUGUAAUUUACAAUCCUUAAAAAGUUGAUUAAUUAAUUGGACUGACAUUAUUAUUAUUUUCCAUUUUAGUAUUAUACA